AUGGAUAAAGAGUAUCUGGCAGACGAACGCACUCGCUUAUCCACAACACCAACAACUACAGAAUCUACAACACAAAGCUCUACUGUAACAACUACUGAAUCUACAACUCCAACGUCUACCGAAUCAACUACAGAAUCUACAACACCAACCACUACUGAAUCAACUACAGAAUCCACAACACCAACAACUACAGAAUCUACAACACCAAGUUCUACUGUAACAACUACUGAAUCUACAACUCCAACGUCUACCGAAUCAACUACAGAAUCUACAACACCAACCACUACUGAAUCAACUACAGAAUCUACAACACCAACAACUACAGAAUCUACCACAGAAAGCUCUACUACACCAACCACUACUGAAUCAACUACAGAAUCCACAACACCAACAACUACAGAAUCUACAACACAUCAUUCUACUGUAACAACUACUGAAUCUACAACUCCAACGUCUUCUACAACUACAGAAUCUACAACUACACCACUUCUACAACCACAGAAUCCACAACACCAACAACUACAGAAUCUUCCACUCCUACCACUACAACCAUAG